AGAUCUCAGUUCCAAAGGAAUAUUUUAUUUCUGUUCAUAAUCACAUGUGAGUGGUGAAUAAAAGUCGUCCACAAAAUCAACAGACAUGACGCUGGAAACUAGAUCCCAUUCUGCCGCGGAUUACGUGUAUUGGUCUUCAUUAAUUUCCGGUGGAGUCGCCGGGUUGGUUGUAGAUAUUGUGUUAUUUCCAAUUGACACAAUCAAGACACGGCUCCAGAGCGAGCGAGGCUUCGUCAGAUCCGGCGGUUUCCGAGGCAUUUACAAAGGGUUGGCUCCGGCAGCUGCAGGCAGUGCUCCGACAGCAGCUCUUUUUUUCUGUACCUAUGAUGGGCUGAAAUCUCAUCUGGGUAAGUUAGCGACAAAGUCCCAACAACCCUAUGUCCACAUGGCAUCCGCAGCAUGUGCGGAAAUAGUAGCCUGUCUUAUACGUGUCCCAGUGGAAAUCGCCAAACAGAGAAGACAGGUCUUGUCAAUCAAGUACAACACAUCAUCGGUGGAAAUUCUCUUUAAUGCUCUGAAGACGGAAGGUAUCCGACGGGGCUUGUACCGUGGCUUCGGUACAACGAUCAUGCGAGAAGUACCAUUCUCGUUCAUCCAGUUUCCAUUGUGGGAGUACUUCAAACUGAACUGGACUUCCAUUACGGGAACGGCACUGACACCGGUGUCGGUUGCCAUCUGUGGAGCAAUUGCUGGAGGUAUCGCCGCAGGACUGACAACUCCGUUGGAUGUGGUAAAGACCAGGAUUAUGCUGGCCGAUCAGAGCGAAGUGAACAAAACCAGUGCGUACAGAAUUCUACGAGGAAUUUACCGAGAGCGGGGCAUUCGAGGCGUUUUUGCAGGCUUCGUACCCCGUGUGCUGUGGAUUACGUUAGGUGGGGCUAUAUUUUUCGGAUUCUACGACCUAACAUCACGGAUGCUGAGUUCGGAUGACAAGAAAUAGUGACAAAAUCAAUGUAAAUAUUUGGAACUAUCGUUUGAUCUUAGUCAAAGCGAUUCUAUUAUAUAGUAGUAAUGUAUUUUAGGCAAAUAAUUAACAAUAAACAAAAAAAAAAAGAAAAACACUUAUUAUAUAACUUAAGUGGAUGCAUUAUUUGGUGUAUUCUUAACUGGUUGCGAAUAAAUAUAAGUUUGUAAUACUAGCGUAGCGAGUAAGAAGCUACUAAAUGGGAUUCUGGCAUCGAGUAUAUGGCAAUAUAUGGGGGCUGGCGUAGCGAGAAUCGUGCACUC